AUGAGGGGGAGCUCGGGGGUGAAGCGGGUGGGCAAGUACGAGCUGGGGCGGACGCUGGGCGAGGGCAACUUCGCCAAGGUGAAGUUGGGGCAGGACGUGGAGAGCGGGCGGCGCGUGGCGAUCAAGGUCAUGGACAAGGACAGGAUUCUGCAGCACAGGAUGGUGGACCAGAUAAAGCGCGAGGUCUCGAUAAUGAAGAUGGUUCGCCAUCCCAACAUCGUCCAGCUUAUCGAGGUGCUGGCGUCGCGCAACAAGAUCUUCAUGGUGCUCGAGUUCGCGGCGGGCGGCGAGCUCUUCGACCGCAUCGUCAUCGCCCUCCUCGUUGCUCGCAGCUCACCCGCACUCUCCUUUCCCCCACCUGCGAUCUCCGCCCCAUGCGCGCCUUCCGGCGGGGUUUCCGUGGUGUGUGCGCGCGCGCAGGUGUACCGCGGGCGGCUGGCGGAGAGCGAGGCGCGGCGGUACUUCCAACAACUCGUGGACGCCGUCGACUGCUGCCACGCCAAGGGCGUCUGCCACCGCGACCUUAAACCGGAGAACCUGCUGGUGGACGAGCGCGGCAAUCUCAAGGUGUCGGACUUUGGGCUGAGCGCCCUGCCCCAGCAGCAACACCGUGACGGGCUGCUGCACACCACCUGCGGCACGCCCAACUACGUCGCCCCCGAGGUGCUGCACAACAAGGGCUACGACGGGCGCAAGGCGGACGUGUGGUCGUGUGGCGUCAUCCUCUUCGUGCUGCUCGCCGGCUACGUGCCCUUCGAUGAGCCCGACCUCGUGCUGCUCUAUGACAAGAUAUCCCGAGCGCACUUCAAGUUCCCCGAGUGGUUCUCCCCCGGGGUGAAGCGCCUCAUCACGCGCAUCCUCAACCCCGACCCCACCACUCGGCCAGGGUUGGAGGCGAUACGGAGGGACGAGUGGUUUCAGCGCGACUACCAGCGCGCCUACCCGCUGCCCGAUGACACUGAGGGGGCGGGGGGCGCUGAGGACGUGCUGCUGCAUGCACGGGUGAGAGGAGAGGGGGGGAAAGAGGGGGGGAUGGGGGGGGGGGAGUGGCAGGGGGAGAGGGGGGCGAGGGAAGGGACGGGAUGGAAAGGGGCAGAGGGAGGGUGGCAUGGUGGUGGUGGUGGAUGCGCGGAUAGGAAAUGCGCUGUGUGCUGUGCCAUGCCCUCGCCCUGCCCUGCCCCCAUUCCUCUUGCUUACUCCUCAAGCUCCGUCCAUCCCCAUUCCUGCCCAUGUCCCGCUGCCCUCUCGUGUGCUUGUGAGCUCCCCCCCCCCAACCAGCUGCACCCGGUGGCAGAGCUGUCUGUGCGAGUGCCGCACUCGCCCUCCCUGCAGGCCUCGCUGCCUGUCUCCCUCAGCCCGCGCACCACUGCAGCAGCGGCACCACCAGCAGCGCUGGGUGGUCGUGAGGCACAGGCAGGGGUGGCGCAGGAGGGGCGGGCAGGGGGUGCAGGAGAGGGGGGUGCAGGAGCGGGGGGUGCAGGAGCGGGGGCAGGGGAGGAGGGGCCGGAGUGGGUGAACGCGUUUGACCUGAUAGCACGGGCACACGCGCUGGACUUGGGGGCGCUCUUCCACCGCCGCGCCCACCCCGUGCUGCGCCACACCCGCUUCGCCUCGCGCCUGCCUCCCGCCCUCAUCCGCUCUCGCCUCCUCGCCCUCGCCCCCGCCCUGCACGCCCACGCCCACGCCAACCUCUUCAAGGUGCCGUGCAGGGGGCGAGGGCUGUAA